UUGAUUGCUCCUUUUCGUCACCUGUUGUCAACUCGCUAUUCGAUGUUGCCUCGAGUCAGCCACAAAGUUUGCAAGCAUGGCCUCAAUCAAAGAAAGAGCUGCGGCGUUGAAUCUUGCUGAGAAACUACGCAAUCGUCCUCAAGUUCGAGGAUUGGUCGUAAAGGCAGCACAGUGUCCUUCGUUAGAAAGCAACCUCAUCUCACACCUCAGGUCUUCUUUGAAAGUCAAGCGUCGUCGAGUUUACUUUAUGUCCCACAAUGAUUGCUUCCUGGGCUCUGAGGCUGUGGAUGCUGUGGCAGACUACAUUGGCAAUGAGAAGGCCUUUGAGGGUGCCGCAGUAUGUCGGGCUAAAGUGGUGAAUGUGUGCCAAGCUCUGUUGGACUGCAAUAUUUUUGAGGUAGUAGGAACUAAGGUGUUUGGCAAAGACAAAAAGCAGGCUGAGUUUCAGGACAGCAAGAGUGCACUUUACAGGUUUGUAAAUGAGCAUGCUUCAUUAGUGGAAGACUUGAAGAAGGAUGAGCUUGUGAGCAGUAUCCAGAAACUUUUCUCUUGUUCUCCCUCAGACAGGGAGGCUGAGCAAAUGUAUUCCCCUGGAUCAAAAUGUCCAAUACCGAAGCUUGUCAAAUUCUCCCAGAUAACCUCUCCAGUGCCCCACUUGGGGAGCACUGUCAGUCCCAGUUUGCCACUGGAGACCAGAGUAGAGAACUUGAGUCUGAGUCCCAACAGAUUGCAGACACAUUCCGUUUUGCCGCAAUCGGUGGUAGAUGAGGUGUGGCGGGAGCAAACUCUCCUCAGGUUAUUAAAACUUGUGGAUCUCCCCUUAUUGGAGGGGGUGCUUCAGAUUAGCCAAAUAUCUGCCUGCUCUGCUCAAUCACACCACAUGACUCAUAAUAACCCUGACCUGAUCUACAGCAGCAAUCACCUUGACAGACAAAUCCUGAAGGCCUUCAAGGACUCUCGAGAUGAUGGAUGGCUUCGUGCAGCCCUUGACUGUCUGGACUUCCUCCCUGACCAACCAGUAGUGAAACUGAGUCGGGAGCUGCCUCUCUUGUUCCCACAGGAUCAACAGAGGACUGAGCAAGCUGAUGGCAAUGUACCAGGUAAUCAAUGUCUCUCCGACACUGGCAUGGCUCAGUGUAAGAUGCUGCUGUACGGUACAUUGGUGAGAUACUACAGCAACACAGACAGACUUCCACUACUUCCUGAGCAAAUGACUGAUGUGUAUUCAGCAGUAACUGAUCUGCUAGCAAACGCAAAAUUGGGCACAGCACUUGAAGCUCUCCAGCUGUGCUUGAAGCUUCUGCCACCAAGCUGCAGAGAGGAGCUAAGUCGAAUUCUUGCCUUUAUGACCGUGGCAGCUGACUCACAGGAAAUAAAAUUGGACAAGGAGAUGGAGAACAAACUUGCAGUGAAAAGGUCUUUUUCCAGGGCCAUCCUUAAUAGCAAGGCUCUGUCAAAAGAGAGGGAGGAUCUGAUGGUCGUCUUCAUGCUCAGCAACGUAAAGGAGAUCUUCAAGAUACCUGGAGACCUGCACAAAGAUGUGAGCGACAAGCUGGCUGAAGUUGUUCAAGGGAAACAACCCGAUGUCACUGGGUGUGAGGUUCCCAACAGGAUUUACACUGACACUACAAAGACCACCACUGAUCAGGAACUCUGGUCUUUGCUUCACAUCAUUCAGCUCGACACAAAGAUAUCGCCCAAAGAGAGGAAGCGUCGACUUAGGCAGUUUUACCAAGCACAUCCUAAGAUAUUUAAUAAGUACUUUGGUGAAUCUACUGUUAAUCUGCUGUAAAUUUGUGCUUUGUCCGUUGUCAUUUAUAUCUAAAAAAGAAUAAUUAAAAAUUAGCCAAAAGGCUUAAGAGACACCAUUGUGAUAGUUAUUUUCGAAAUGCAAGCUUGUCAGCGGUGGAUAAUGUUUUUGUUGAAAUGGACUCUAAAUAAACAGAAAUUGCUGGUAAUGUA